AUGGCGCCCAAGGCAGAGAAGAAGCCUGCCAAGAAGGUCGCCAAGACCGCCAAGACCGGUGGCAAGAGAAAGAGCAAGGCCAAGGUCGAGUCCUUCAAGAUCUACAUCUACAAGGUCCUGAAGCAGGUGCACCCCGACACUGGUAUCUCUUCCAGGGCCAUCUCCAUCCUCAACUCUUUCAUCACCGACAUUUUCGAGAAGAUUGCCACUGAGACUGCCCAGCUGGCCCGCUACAACAAGAAGCCCACAGUGACCUCUCGCGAGAUCCAGACCGCUGUGCGCCUCAUCCUGCCCGGCGAGCUGGCCAAGCACGCUGUGUCUGAGGGCACCAAGGCUGUGACCAAGUUCACCUCCGCUUGA